AUGGCUGCCAUCGAUGAUUCUUAUGAUCAGCUCGAAGAUGGAGAAGAAAAUGCUGAAGUUGAAAUUCAAAUGGGAACAACGGGAACGGGUAGAAAAAGAAUUUUUUCUAAAGAACUCAGAUGCAUGAUGUACGGAUUCGGGGAUGAUCAAAAUCCUUACACGGAAAGUGUUGACUUGUUGGAAGAUUUAGUUAUCGAUUUCAUAACUCAAAUGACACAUAAAGCUAUGGAAAUAGGGAGGACGGGAAGAGUUCAAGUAGAAGAUAUAAUUUUUUUAGUCAGAAAAGAUGCCAGAAAAUAUGCCAGAGUCAAAGAUUUACUAACAAUGAAUGAAGAACUCAAAAAAGCAAGAAAGGCAUUCGACGAAGUCAAAUUUGCUGUUGCUACAGACUAG